UUGCAUUUCAUUACAAUCUACCUUUUUUUCUUUCUUUUCUCUCUCUCUCUCCACUUACAUAUAGGUUCCUUUCAUUGUACUUUUCAGAGAGGUACAUAUAUAGAAACACUUUUUUGAGAAGCAUUGUUGUCAUCAUCAUCAUUCACAAACACACAGAAUGAGUUCUUCUUCUGGUCAGAGCAGUGGCUAUGAUCUCUCCUUCAAGAUCUUGUUGAUCGGUGAUUCUGCUGUGGGAAAAAGUAGCCUCCUUGUUAGUUUCAUCUCCAAUUCUUCUGAAGAUCUUUCCCCCACAAUUGGAGUUGAUUUUAAGAUCAAGCAGCUGACAGUAGGUGGGAAGAGAUUGAAACUAACUAUUUGGGACACUGCUGGGCAAGAAAGAUUCAGAACUCUAACUAGUUCUUACUAUAGAGGAGCGCAAGGAAUCAUUCUUGUUUAUGAUGUAACGAGAAGAGACACCUUUACAAACUUAUCAGAAGUGUGGUCUAAAGAAGUGGAACUCUAUUCAACCAAUCAGGAUUGCGUGAAGAUGCUGGUUGGAAAUAAAGUUGACAGAGAUUCUGAAAGGGUUGUGAGCAAAGAAGAGGGUUUAGCACUUGCCGAAGAGUUGGGAUGUUUGUUUUUUGAAUGUAGUGCCAAAACAAGAGAAAAUGUGGAGCGAUGCUUCCAGGAACUUUCACUAAAGAUAAUGGAAGUUCCUAGUCUUUUGGAAGAAGGAUCUACAGUAAAAAGGGGUAUUUUGAAGCAAAAACAGGAACCCCAAACAUCCGAAUUUGGUGGUUGUUGCUCUUAAUUGAAGCAAUGUGAACAUUGAGUCAUAACUAGCACAUCUUGGUGUUGCCCUUCGAUAUCCCUGUAUAUGUAAGCUUCUUCAGCAGUUCCUAAUUGGUGUCUUUUCUUUGCUUAAUUACUUGUACCAAUACUAAUGGGCAAUUGGCAACAAUAGUGCCUAUUAGCUACUGUAUAUUUCUGUCUAUUCUGUUAUUGUUUCUGAGCUAUAAUUUAUCCAAAUCACUUCAGCUUGCGCAACUACGAAAUAUAUAAUUUAUAUAAUAUAUUACUCCCUAGUCAA